CCGAUCUAGCCCCAUUUCCAAUUCUCUCUCACCUUUCACCUCUCACACCUCUCACAUCACCGACAACCAUAACUACAACCACAUCACAACGGCCAAAAUGCCCAACCGCCUCGGCAUAGCCUCCAUGUCCCUCGGGCGACCGGGCAUCCACGCGCUCACGACCAAACUCCACGAAGCCUCUCGACACGGAUACUCGGGGAUUGAGCUCUUCUUCGACGACCUGGAGCACCACGCGCAGACGCACCACUCCGGCGACCACAUCGCGGCGGCGCACUCCAUCCGCGCGCUCUGCGACACGCUCUCCCUGAGCAUCAUCUGCCUCCAGCCCUUCUCCUUCUACGAAGGCCUGGUCGACCGAAGCGAGCACACGCGGCUCCUGACCAGCAAACUCCCCCAAUGGUUCACGCUGGCCCGCAUCCUCGGCACGGACAUGAUCCAGGUGCCGUCGAACUUCCUCCCGGCGGACCAAGUCACGUCCAACAAGGACGUCAUCGUGUCGGACCUGCAGAAGCUCGCCGACCUGGGCGCGCAGCAAUCGCCCCCGUUCCGAUUCGUCUACGAGGCCUUGGCGUGGGGGACGGUCGUCUCGCUCUGGGAAGACGCCUACGAGAUCGUCACCCGAGUCGACCGCGACAAUUUCGGCAUCUGUCUGGAUACGUUCAACCUCGCGGGCCGGGUGUAUGCGGAUCCGGCGGCCGAGAGCGGAUGCACGCCCAACGCGGCGGCCGAUCUGCGGGUCUCGCUGGAGAGACUGCGGACGGAGGUCGAUGUCAAGAAGGUGUUUUAUAUCCAGGUGGUGGAUGGGGAGAGAGUGCCGGGGGGUCCGUUGGACGAGAAGCAUCCGUUUUUCGUCCCCGGGCAGCCGGCCAGGAUGAGUUGGUCCCGGAAUGCCCGGCUGUUUGCGUUCGAGGAGGAUAGGGGCGGGUAUCUGCCUAUCGAGGACACCGCGAGGGCCUUCUUCGAUACCGGGUUUGAGGGCUGGGUGUCGUUGGAGUUGUUUUCCAGGACGUUGGCGGACGAGGGCGAGGCCGUCGUCAGGGAGCAUGCGAGGAGGGGGUUGGAGAGUUGGAAGGAGUUGAUUAGGAGGGUUGGUGUGGUGCGCCCUGUGCCGGGCGUGGAUUUUGUUCCGGCGGAGAAGGAGGUCCAGGAGGGCGAGGGGAGGUUUGAUGCGCCGGUGCAGGGGAGGUUGUAGAUAAAUCUGUUUGAUAGAUGUAUAUAUAUGAUGGUUGGUUAUGUACUUAUGUAGAACAGCUAGACGAUGGGUGGGAUAGAGAUAAUGCUCGUUAAGUUCAUGUUACCUUUACUUCUG